AUGCUAUCCAUCUUGGUCAAAUCUCUUUGUGUAUCAUCCUUGUUCGUGUUCAUGGCAGAAGCUAAAUGGUGUUGGUGCGCUAAUGUAGGUACUCCGACAACAUGGUCAUCAGAAAGCUUCGCAAAAAGUGCUUGUACCAAGGCAGAGUUACAAUGGCAAACCGCAACAAUUGGAUGGGAUGGAUGUGAUGUUGGUGAUACGACAACAGAAGCUGGAAAAAGCAAUAUGCAAAAAUACCUUCAGCAAUGUGGGGCUCCUCCUCUUACCUAUGAAAUCAGUUUAGACUAUAAUACUGGACUAUCAGAAUGUUAA